AUGUCAAGAGUAGCAUUCAGAACCCUUAACAACACUCUCAAGAACGACAUCAAAGUCUCAGGUCUACGCACAAUGGCUACCAGCGAGUCUAAGCCCCCACUGCCACCCUUCACCCUGGAGACGGCGAGGAUCAAGGUGAAGGCCGCGCAGGACGCGUGGAAUACCAGAGAUCCUGCCAAGGUCAAGAUGGCCUACACCCCGGACUCCAUCUGGAGAAACAGAGCCGACUUUCUCAAGGGCAGAGACGAGAUCGAAGCCUGGCUCACCAAGAAAUGGCUGAGGGAGAACGGUUACAGACUGAGAAAAGAGCUGUUUGCUUUCACAGACAAUAAGAUCGCAGUUCAGUUCUGGUAUGAGUGGUUUGACCAGUCUGGUCAGUGGUGGAGGACCUAUGGCCUUGAGGAUUGGACUUUUGCUGAGAAUGGUCUCAUGAGAAAGAGGAUGAUGAGCGGCAAUGACGUCAAGAUCUCAGACGAAGAGAGAUGGUUCAAAGAUGGUGUUGAUGUUAACACCGUCGACAUCAGUGAAAAACAUUGGUGA